AUGUUACGCUUGGUUUCGCGACCCUCCUCAACGGGGCGACUCGGGAAAGUCGUUUGCUCUGGUGCUUCACAUGGCCGCAGGUCCAUAGCGUCCACAUCCGCCCGUCAAGCUGAUAUCACUCUCACUGUUGACGGGAAGGAGGUAACGGUUCCGCAAGGGUCCGCGUUGAUUCAAGCUUGCGAGGCUGCUGGUGCUACGAUUCCUCGGUUUUGCUACCAUGACAGACUCGCGAUUGCUGGUAACUGUCGUAUGUGUCUGGUUGAGGUCGAGCGUUCCCCAAAGCCAGUAGCAUCAUGUGCUAUGCCGGCCAUGCCUGGUUCCAAGGUGUUCACAAAUACCCCGCUGGUUCAUGAAGCUCGUGAGGGUGUCAUGGAAUUCCUUCUAGCCAACCACCCACUCGACUGCCCUAUUUGUGACCAGGGUGGCGAAUGUGACCUUCAGGACCAGUCCAUGCGAUACGGCUCUGACCGUACGCGUUUCCAUGAAAUUACGGGCAAACGUGCAGUGGAGAACAAAGAUCUUGGACCUCUUGUUAAGACUUCCAUGAACCGUUGCAUUCAAUGCACUCGGUGUGUCCGGUUUGCUAAUGAGGUUGCUGGUGUCGAGGAGCUUGGUACGACGGGUCGCGGUAAUGACCUUCAAAUCGGCAUGUAUGUUGAGAAGACCAUGGACUCCGAACUUUCUGGCAAUAUCGUCGAUCUUUGUCCGGUCGGUGCUCUAACAAGCAAACCAUACGCCUUCCACGCCAGACCAUGGGAACUAAAAAAUACCGAAUCCAUCGAUGUCAUGGAUGCCGUUGGUUCGAAUAUUCGCGUUGACUCUCGCGGUGUCCAGGUGAUGCGAAUCCAGCCUCGAACCAACGACGAAGUCAACGAGGAGUGGAUCAGUGAUAAGACGCGUUAUGCUUACGACGGCUUGAAAUUCCAGCGCUUGACGACGCCUCUCAUCAAGCAGGGCGACCGUUUCGUUGCAGCGUCGUGGGAGGAAGCUCUACAGACAAUUGCAGAUGGUAUAACCUCCUCAGGGGCUACUGGCAAUGAGAUUCAAGCCAUUGCUGGGCACCUUGCUGAUACCGAAUCCCUUGUCGCCCUCAAAGACUUGAUCAACCGCCUAGGAUCAGACAACCUUGCACUCGACCAGACCAAUGGCAGCGCACCACCCCCACAUGGUGUUGACGUUCGCUCCAAUUAUCUCUUCAACUCUACCAUCCCCGGUGUUGAGGAAGCCGAUGCUAUCCUACUUGUUGGCACUAACCCACGCCACGAGGCUGCCGUCCUUAACUCUCGCAUUCGCAAGAACUGGCUGCACACAAGUCUUGAAGUCGGCCUCAUCGGCGAACGUGCUGAUACGGCGUACGGUUACGACUACCUUGGAGCAGAUUCUAAGGCUCUUGCUGACUUCAUUGCUGGAAAGGGAGCAUUCGCAGCCAAAUUUAAAGCAGCCAAGCGACCCUUGAUUAUCGUCGGGAGCGCUCUUGCGGAGCAACCUGACGGUGCUGCUGCUUACAACGCGUUGGCCAAGUUUGUCGAGAAGAACAAAGAUUCGCUCAUUACCCCUCAGUGGAAUGGCUUCUCCGUCCUACAUAGGAUUGCCUCUAGACCUGCGGCAUACGAAAUUGGGUUUGUUCCUUCGAAGAAGGCCGCAAAUACCCAACCCAAAUUUGUCUACUUGCUCAACGCAGAUGAAGUCGACCCCAAGUCUAUACCUGCGAAUGCUUUCGUCGUUUAUCAAGGCCACCACGGAGAUCUUGGCGCCUCGCUUGCUGAUGUCUGCUUGCCUGCUGCAGCAUACACCGAAAAGGCUAUGACAUGGGUGAACACGGAGGGCCGGUCUCAAGUAGGUCGUACCGCUGUUCCUCCACCUGGCGCUUCCCGUGAGGAUUGGAAGAUUAUUCGUGCACUUUCGGAGGUUCUCGAUUCACCACUGCCUUACGAUGAUGUCCUGAGUUUGCGUGACCGCAUGUGGGAUAUCUCGCCUACUCUCGUCCGCUACGAUGUUACAGAACGGACAUCCCCUGAAGUUGCUGUGGCAGGCCUUCAGACUAUAGCAGCCAAUACGGCAUCCGCAAAGGUCUCUGGCAAGCCCUUCCUCAAGCCCAUCUCCAACUUCUACCAAACUGAUCCCAUCUCACGCGCAUCCGUCACUAUGGCACAAUGUACGCGUGCCUUUGUCAAGGGAGAGGACUAUGGGAUCUGUGAAAAGGGCUCGGAAGCAGCGUAUGCGUGA